UGGCAUAAAUCAAGGAAUCUCGGACACACCACCGCUUCUGUAGCAUGCGCUAUCCUGCGCGCCCUUCCCUUCGCCUGUUCGCCUCUCUUGUGCAGUUGUGCAGUUGCUGGCCGGCUCCGGAUCCUCAGAGCUCAGACUGAACUGCUCCCAGAACACGAAAGUUAUAGCUCUAUCACUCUCUCUGUGGGAAUUGGAAAGUGGUUUUGAAACGCUGAAAUCUAGAGCGUAAAAGAUAAAAAUUGUCGAGAAAAGCUUAGAAAGGGCGUCUGACUAAAGAGAAAGAACCAUGAGCUGCUUCUUCUGUUGUGAAGAUGAUGAUGUUCGCAAAACUGCAGAUAGUGGAGCCCCAUUUGUGGCAAACAAUUCAGCAGGCAAUGGUGGAGGUUAUCCUGCCACUGAAGUAGCACCCAAAGGUACUCAGCCUGUAAAAGUCCAGCCUAUUGAAGUUCCUGCCAUUUCAGUGGAUGAACUGAAGGAAGUGACCGACAACUUUGGGACAAAAUCUUUAAUAGGAGAGGGCUCAUAUGGAAGAGUAUAUUAUGGCCUUUUGAAAGAUGGAAGGGCUGCUGCCAUCAAAAAGUUAGAUGCUAGUAAGCAGCCAGAUCAAGAAUUUUUAGCGCAGGUUUCCAUGGUAUCAAGGUUGAAGCAUGAGAAUGUUGUUGAGCUGCUUGGUUAUUGUGUUGAUGGAAGUCUCCGUGUCCUUUCAUAUGAAUUUGCUACCAUGGGAUCUCUUCAUGAUAUUCUUCAUGGGCGAAAAGGUGUAAAGGGAGCACAACCAGGACCAGUUCUAUCAUGGGCACAGCGAGUAAAAAUUGCUGUAGGGGCUGCAAAAGGACUUGAGUACUUGCAUGAAAAAGCCCAGCCUCAUAUAAUCCAUCGUGAUAUUAAGUCCAGCAAUGUUUUACUUUUUGAUGACGAUGUUGCUAAGAUCGCCGACUUUGAUUUAUCAAACCAAGCCCCUGACAUGGCAGCACGUCUUCAUUCCACACGUGUUCUUGGAACUUUUGGUUAUCAUGCUCCAGAAUAUGCAAUGACUGGACAGCUCAGUUCAAAGAGUGAUGUUUACAGCUUUGGUGUCGUUCUGCUGGAGCUCUUGACUGGGCGUAAGCCUGUUGAUCAUACAUUGCCACGAGGACAACAGAGUCUUGUGACAUGGGCCACACCAAGACUUAGUGAAGAUAAGGUGAAACAAUGCGUUGAUGCAAGGCUAGGAGGAGACUACCCUCCCAAGGCUGUUGCUAAGAUGGCCGCUGUAGCAGCCUUAUGCGUGCAAUAUGAAGCUGAUUUUAGACCCAACAUGAGCAUAGUGGUCAAAGCGCUCCAGCCUCUGUUAAAUGCUCGUUCUGGACCACCCGGUGAAAGCCCAAAUUUGUGAAUUCUCAAUCUCUUUCAUUCAUUGUUUUUGUAACUGCGUGGUUGUAGAUUUUACCAAUAUUCCAUACACUGUAAUUAUUUAAACGAUAAAUGAUAAAAAGGCUUGUUGGGUUUGAAAUUUACAUGGCAUGUGGGAUCUGUUCGUAGAUCCUUUAAUGGAAAUGGCAACUUAAGUAGUGACAAAAUUUGGUGCAA